GUGUGUUUAGAAGUGAUGUGUGUGCAAGUGUGAGAGCACGAGUGAGUCAGGCAAGUCUGUUCAUCUUGUGUGCACUUUUGUGUGAGUGACGUGAGUGUGAGCUUGUAAGUGCAUAUUAGCAUUGUGUACUGGAUUGACUGAGAGACGAGGUCAAGGUCUCAGACUAUUUGAACUAUUCUAGCUCUCCUAACCAAAAAAGGGAGCGGAUCCUCGCAUGCAUCUUGGUAUCCUCUUUAUAGCACCCUACAAAAAGCAGAGUGAGGACACGUUCGGUCCCUUUCCGCUUCAUUGCCUUUCUCAACUCAACUCUCGUGGCACUGGCCGUAACAUCAAGAUCUGAAACUGAACUGAUACGCAAAACUAAAUGAAGCACAAAAGGCACUAGCACUAAACUGCUUUGCUUGCAUGGAAGGCAAUUGCCUUAUAUAAUCAUAUCAUGAAUGCUGACAGAGAUAAUGGACUUGAUUCACCUUUGCCUAUACCUGCAUGUAGCGGGAAUGGAAGAUGCCAGUCCCCCUGCUAACGUACCCUUUGUAAAGGUGCGAUUCAAUCAAUAGCUAGCUUCCGGCUAGUUCUCAAUCCAGUUGGGAGAUUAGGAAUUAGGAGAAAAGUAGGCUCUAUUACUUAUGGGGGUACCCUCUUUCCGGUCAGAUAGUCUUUCAUAUCAAAGUGGGGACAGUUUUCUUCGUUAUCACGCUUGUUGUCUGUGCCUACGUCCCGCAAUCCUGUUCGAAAGAAAGCCUCUUUAUUUUC